CCCGAGGAAAAACCAGGCUGCGGUCGUCUCCCUUCCCGCUACUACACGCAAUGUUUCAACCCCGUGGAGUUCUGGCGCCCUUCCGGGCUCUAGAACGAGCCAUUGCGCCCUCCACCCUUCGCGUCGCCUCGUACUCGACCUCGAUCUUCUCCUCCCGACCCAUCCUCAACUCCGCCCUCACAAACCCCUCCUCCUCCUCCUCCUCGUCCACGACAUUACCAAGAACCAACACCACCCGCCUCCUCCCGCCCACCACGACCUCCCUUCUCACUCUCCUCACCCAGCAACAAAUCCGUCACGCCUCGCACGCCUCCCAGGGAACCGCGAACCGACACUCGCGCGAUCCGGCCGGCAAGCGUCUGGGCGCGAAGCGCUCCGCGGGCGAGUACGUGGUGCCGGGCUGCAUCAUCUUCAAGCAGCGGGGCACAAAGUGGUACCCCGGGGAGAACUGCGGCAUGGGGCGGGAUCACACGAUCUACAGCAUGCAGUCCGGCUACGUGAGGUACUACCUGGACCCGGAGCGGCACCCGGACCGCAAGUUCAUCGGCGUCGUCUUCGAGAAGGACGGCACGCUGCCCACGCCGCGCAACGCGCCCACCCGCCGCCGCCUCGGCCGCGUCGCCGUGCGCUUCGAUCCCGCCGACCUGCCCACCAACAACCAGAAACAGUCCGACCUGGUGGCCGAGGUCACCGCGGAGGGGACGACGGUCGGGGACGUGUCCGCCGUCGACGCCGAGGCCGGCCUGCGCUUCCGCCCCGGCUACAUGUACCGUGAGGCGAACUGGCAGAUCGGUCGGGCCGCGGAGAAGGCCGGCAUCACGGCCCUGCCCCAUCGUCGCAAGAACCGCUGGCUGGCGUGGCGAAAGAGGACGGCCAAGGCUGAGCGCGUGGCCCAGAUGAAGAGCUUGAAGGGCUCCAAGAAGUCCGCUAAGAAGGCGAAGAAAUAGACGGAGCCGGGGAAAAUCCCAGGCCGUUGGUUCUUUUCUUUUUCGAAAGCCGGGUUUUUGGACUUCAUCUUGUAAUUGAUAGGGUCCUAUAGUCCACUAUCGCCUUUCUUGCUCGCUCGACUGUUUUGCUUGCUCUACGUCCGUGAUAUGACUUGGUCACCUUGCAUGCAGUGAAUUUCUUUUUCUUUCUUCUCGUUCUCGUCUCUGGCAUUUGCGUACAGUCAUGGGGUUUUAUUUAUAUCGGGUGUUUGCUUGUCCAUUUCCAAUUUUCAUGUACUAUAAGAUAAGAUGUCUCCAGUAUGCCCCUGUUUCCGCCUACAUGUGCGAAUAGAACACUUAUUCAAGUGGCUCAAGAGCAAUUGUCGUGAUUGUUAUUAUCGAACUAGUGGA